UUCUGUGUGUGAGUGUGUGUGUGAGUGUGUGUGUGUGCCUCUCUCUCUCUCUCUCUCUCUCUCUUCCCCCUCUUCCCCCUCCCUUCCCAAGCUCUCUAACAUUAAAGCGAAAAUGCUCCUUUCUGUGCCUCCUCGUGCAGGGAUCGCCACUUUUGGCUACAGCAAGAGCAACAAGAAGCCUUAUGUCUCAGUGGCCCAGCAGAUGGCACCCCCAAGUCCCAGUGGCAGCAGCAACAACAACAGCAGCAGCAGCAGCAGCGGGCCAGGCGGCGGAGGUGGCGGAGGGGACCAGCUGAGCAAAACGAAUCUGUACAUCCGGGGCCUACACCCGGGUACCACAGACCAGGACCUUGUCAAGCUGUGCCAACCAUAUGGCAAAAUUGUCUCCACCAAGGCCAUCCUGGACAAAACGACCAACAAAUGCAAAGGCUAUGGCUUUGUGGAUUUUGAUAGCCCCACAGCGGCCCAGAAGGCAGUGACUGCACUCAAAGCCAGUGGGGUUCAGGCCCAGAUGGCCAAGCAACAGGAGCAGGAUCCCACCAACCUCUACCUGUCAAACCUGCCUCUGGGCAUGGACGAGGCUGAAUUGGAGUCGAUGCUGAAGCCCUUUGGACAAGUCAUCUCCACGCGCAUCCUUCGCGACGCCAGCGGCACCAGCCGGGGGGUCGGCUUUGCCAGGAUGGAGUCUACAGAAAAGUGUGAAGCUAUCAUCACGCACUUCAAUGGCAAAUAUAUCAAAACACCUCCAGGGGUCCCAGCACCUCCAGAUCCAUUGCUUUGCAAAUUUGCUGAUGGCGGCCAGAAGAAGCGCCAGAAUCAGGGCAAAUACGUGCAGAACGGGCGAGCUUGGCCACGGGAGAAUGACACGGGUGGGAUGACCUUGACCUAUGACCCCACAACAGCGCUACAAAAUGGGUUCUACACAACACCCUACAGCCUGGCCCCCAACAGGAUGAUUGCCCAGACUGCGCUCUCUCCUUAUCUCCCGUCACCCGUUUCUUCCUACCAGGUUCACAGCCCGUCAUGGAUGCACCAUCAGUCAUACCUCAUGCCGCCCACGGGCACAGUGCUGACACCUACCAUGGACCAUGCGAUUUCCAUCCAGCCCACUUCCAUGAUGGGGCCCCUAACUCAGCAGCUGGGCCACCUGUCCCUCAGCAGUGCUGGCACAUACAUGCCAGCAGCAGCAGCUAUGCAAGGAGCCUACAUCCCCCAGUACACACCUGUGCCUUCCUCUAGUGUCGCAGUUGAGGAGAACAGUGGCCAGCAGAGCCAUGUGACAGUGGAGUCCCCAUCGGAUCAUGCUGCCUACUCGUACCAGUACAACAAGUAACAACAGCACCAUCGAGCAGCUCAGCUCUGAGCAGUCACUUCGAGGGAGACAACUUUUAUUUUUGUUUAAUUUGUGCUGCGUUUAGAAGAUGGAACCAUUUUUUUUCCUGCAAAGAAAAAAUGAUGUUUUUGUUUUUGUUUUGUGUUUUAAAAAAGGAAAUAACCGCAAUAGACUUUUGACACCGAGGAACCAAAGGAGGUUAGCGUGGGGGUGGAAAGGAUAUGGCCCCCCGACCCUUAGAUGUACAGAUGGACUAAGGACUAUUUUAAUACAAGGAAAACAUUUUUGUGUGUGCGUGUGUUUGCGCAUUAAUUUUCUUGUUAACAGCAAAGUCAAACGCUUUGGAUGCCACAAAAUUCCCCAGAGAAGAACAAUUGUUAUUGUUAUUUUUUUCCUCGCUCUCUUUUUUGGAAAGAUGGCUCUCCAACUCUGGGAGGAAUUUUUUUAUUUUUUAUUUUUUGCUCCUUUGAAUUUGUUUUGUUUUAUUUUCUUUGGUCAUUUAAAAGAUUUUUUAAAGGACAAAUAUGCAAAAGUGUUUGAAUAUUUUUGUUGUUGUUUUAUAAGAAAAAAAAUGCUCUGAGAAAGCCCCACCUCGCAGCUGUUAGG